AGCAGCGCAUUUGCCCAACCCAUCCCUUCGACAUAACUGGCGUCGACUACGCAGGUCCAUUUUCCAUGAAAAGUAAAACAGGUCGUGGUUUUAAAACUUCAAAGGUUUAUGUUGCACUUUUUAUAUGCUUUCUGACAAAGGCAAUUCAUUUGGAAUUGGUAACCGACCUCACGAAAGAUGCAUUUAUUUUAGCUUUACGUAGAUUUGUGUCUCGCAGAGGGAAACCGAGUCAAAUAUUCUCGGACAACGGAACCAAUUUUGUAGCAGCCAGUUCUGAAUUAAAUGCUUUAUACAAUUUUAUUAGAAAAAAUGGCAAAGAUUUAAUUCAUACCUUUGGACAAGAAAACGUAGAGUGGCGAUUUAUUCCGCCCCGGUCUCCACAUUUUGGUGGUUUAUGGGAAGCAGGCGUGAAAAGUAUGAAACAUCAUCUAAAGCGAGUAGUAUCCAACGUAAAUUUAACUUUUGAACAUUUUUAUACACUGCUCACACAAAUCGAAGCCAUACUAAACUCCCGACCUAUUUCUCCAUUAUCCUCAAGUCCACAUGAUCUUAGUCCUUUGACUCCCUCUCACUUUUUAUUGACCAAGCAAUUGACUACGAUACCGGAAUUGGAUCUACAGAAAAUUCCUGAAAAUCGACUUUCAAUAUACCAACACCUGCAGCAAAUGAGGCAGCAUAUUUGGGAAAGAUGGAAUAAAGAAUAUAUAUCCGAAUUGCAACAAAGGUGUAAAUGGAAGAAGACUCAAAGCACUCUCCAAGAAGGUGAUUUAGUUCUUGUGAAAGAAGAUAACCUACCGGUUAUGUGCUGGAAACUUGGAAGAGUUACGACAUUACAUCCAGGAAAAGACGGUGUUAAUCGCUUAGCGACAUUGAAAACUCAAGCUGGAACAAUUAAAAGAGCUUUUUCUAAACUUUGUCCACUACCAGUGAAGUGAAGUGAAGUGUCGCAUUGACAAUUCUUUGGCUUUGCCCUACCUUUUUUAUUUUGUGUUGAAAGUGGUAUCUUUCAAGGCUGGGGGCAUGUUAAAUAUUUUUGCUUAAUGUUACAGUUUUCAGUUAGUGCGCAUGCCUGUAACUUAUAUAAAGUUCCGCGCAGGGUGCCUUCGGAGAGAGAGACGCGAGUCGGUCGGCAUCAGUCGUAACAUAAGCGGAAAGAACUUUUAGCGUUAAUAAGAAUGUCGGGAUAAUUUGUUUCUUUUGCAAAAAUACACAGUGUUAGUCAUUUUCCGACUUUUAUUUUACCGAAAAAUUGUGUUAGUGAAAAUUGCUGAACAAUAACCCCCAAAUCAAGAACAAAAAGAUUUCAAAAUUUAGAAAAUCGUUUCAACAAAAAUCAAGCGAAAUUCGAACUGCGUAAAUGGUCAUCGAACAACCGAAAUGUGUUAAAUUACAUUUCUCGUUCAAGUAACAAUGAUGACAAAUUUGUUUUAUUUCACGAUGAAAAAGAAUUGAAAACUUUAGGGAUUUCAUGGGACCCUAAAACAGAUAUUCUAAAAUAUUCCGUCGAUUUAAAACCAAUUAACGAAAAACAUGUAACAAAACGCUCAAUACUCUCGACAGUUGCGCAAAUAUUCGACGUUCUAGGUUUAGUAGGCCCGGUAAUAGUCAAAGCAAAAAAAAAAAACAAUUGUGGCAACUAAAAUUAGAUUGGGACGAAGACGUGCCCGAAAACCUUAAAGAUAUAUGGUUACAGUUCUGCUUAGAAAUUGACAUACUAAACAAAUUAAAAAUAAACAGACAGGUUUUGGUAGUGAACGCAGAAGCUAUUGAAAUUUACGGUUUUUGUGACAGCUCGGAAAGGGCAUACGGUGCAUGUGUCUAUUUAGGUUCUAGAAAUAAACACGGCGAAAACCAAAUCAAUCUUUUAACCGCGAAAUCAAAGGUCGCGCCACUGAAAAAGCAAUCUUUAUCACGCUUAGAGGUUCUAGCUGCACAUUUAUUAGCAAAAUUAAAUUAUAAAUUAAAGGAAACUUUAAAUGUAAAAAUUCAAAAAACCACUUAUUUUACUGAUUCAACAAUCGUUUUAUCGUGGCUUAAAAUCGAACCUUGCCAUUUAAAAACGUUUGUAGCAAACCGAAUUGCAAAAAUAACAGAAAUUUCAGAAAUAAAUGAUUGGAAACAUGUAAACUCGAAAGAAAAUGCGGCAGAUAUCAAUCAUUUCGCGAGGCUUAAACCCCAAAGAACUUUUGGAGAGUGAUUUGUGGUUUUACGGUCCAUCAUUUUUGAAAAACAAUUCAGAAAUUGAGCAGGAAAAUUUAAUUUGGAAAAUUUAGAAAAUUUACCGGAAUUAAAAAACAACACAAGUACUAUCACGUUAAAUUCUACAUUAGAUGUGAACAAACCAAAAGAAAACAAAUUCGAAUUAUUUAAAAAAUUCUCAAAUUUAUCAAAAUUACAAAGAAUUGUGGCAUACAUUUGUAGAUUUAAAGAUCGAACUUUGCAAAAAAUUCCAAUAACGACACAAGUUUUAACAGUUCAAGAAUGAAUGAUGAAGAUGAAGCAUUUUUAAUUCUUCUUCGUUUAGCACAAAUUGAAGAUUUUAAAGAAGAAAUUUCUAACAUUCAACAAUCAGGUGCCAAUAACAUUCUUCGAGUAGGUGGGAGAUUAAAAAAUUCAAACUUGAAAUUUGAUCAUGAAUUGACAGAUUUAUUAAUACGCAAAAUUCAUCUUGAAAAUUUACACGUAGGAACACAAAAUUUACUGUCAAUUAUUAGAUUACAAUUUUGGCCAGUAAAUGGUAAAAACGCUGUAAAACGAAUAGUUAAGAGUUGCAUUAGGUGCUACCGCGCGAAUCCAAAACCAGGAAAAUUUUUAAUGGGAUCUCUACCGAGUUCUAGAGUAACGCCGAGCAGACCUUUUGCAAAUUGCGGAGUUGACUAUGCAGGUCCAAUCUUCGUUAAGGAAGGAACCUUACGUAAGAGUAAGUUAGUAAAAACUUAUAUAUGUAUUUUUAUUUGUUCUGCAACAAGAGCAAUACAUAUAGAGUUAGUAAUGGAUUUGACUACAGAUAGUUUUUUGAAUGCUUUAAAGAGAUUUUGUUCACGACGCGGGAAAGCAACCAAUAUUCAUUCAGAUAACGGUUUGAACUUUGUCGGGGCAAAUAACCAUUUUUUAGAACUACACAAAUUAGUCAAUAACAAAGAACAUAACGACAAAGUUUAUUCUUUUCUGGCUGAGGAUAAGAUAAAUUGGCAUUUUUUACCAGCAAGAUCGCCUCAUAUGGGAGGCUUAUGGGAAGCGGCAGUCAAAUCAACAAAGUUUCAUCUCAGACGUGUAUUAGGUGAAUCAUCUUUAAAUUAUGACGAAAUGUACACAUUACUAGUGCAAAUAGAGUCAUGUUUAAAUUCGCGUCCCUUGACUGCAAUUUCUAAUGACGUUUAUGAUUAUACACCUUUAACCCCUUCACAUUUCCUCAUAGGCGACUCACUCGUUAGUCCUCCUCAAUUGGACGUAAAAAAUGAAAACAUUUCUCGAUUGUCGAGGUAUCACAGACUACAGCAAUUGUACCAACAGUUUUGGCAACGUUGGUCGAAGGAAUAUCUUGGCAGUCUUCAACUACGAUCCAAAUGGCAAAGGGAUUCAGCUGACAGCGUAAGGCCUGGUGCAUUGGUCGUAUUAGUUGAAGACAACGUACCCCCACUACGCUGGCCUAUGGCUCGUGUUACUGAAGUUCAUAGUGGUUCAGACGGUAUAGUGAGAGUUUUGUCAGUGCGCUUACCGAAUGGUACAAUUUUAAAACGCUCAGUGGCAAGAGUAUGUUUUCUGCCUGUAGAAAAUAUACUUUUCAACGGGGGCGGCAUGUUUGGCUUUGUGAAAGACUCGGCAACAAGGCUAACAGUGCGAACCUAGCGCGACUGAGGGGCGGCACGACGAGAGCCAGAGAGAGCUUUGCAAGACGUCGACAGAGACGGUCGGAAGUAAGAAGCGAGACGGAGCGAGGGCGAAAAGUCGGCAAGAGCAAAGCGAGCCGUCACAGAAUUUGUUAUUAAGUUUUCUUCGUUUCUAAGUGUUUCUUAAAAAUAAAACAGUA